AUGUCUUCACAUCAUGCCAAAAUUCGGAAUAAAUUUCGCAAACGUCACCACAAUUCCAACGAAGAGGAUGAAAAUUCUUUAAUUGUUUUUGGAUAUUCUUCCAAACUUCACAAAACUGAAAAUAUUUUUUCUGUUGGAGAUGAUUUUCAAUCAACUUCCUCGUCUGUAGCUUUUGAUGAAAACAAACAUUUGAUCCCUUGGAAUGGAGAUGAAGAAUUAAAAAUUGAUAGAUACGAUGUUCGCCUUUAUUUAACAUCUCUCGAUGAAUUUUAUAAAGAAAUAAAAAAUGUGGAAAGGAAAGGAGAUGAAGAGGGUAAUGACGAUAAUUCUGCUGAACAACUUGAAGAGGAGCUUUGUGAUGAACAACGAUAUGCUGAUUUGUAUGCUGAUAUAAGACAAAAAGAGCUAGAUGAAGAAAACAAAAAUCGUAAACGUGCCGAAAUAGGAUAUCGUUACGAUCAACAACAGCCUUCACCUGCUGUAGAUGAGGAAGAAGAAGAAGAAGAUGAGCCUUAUGUAAAACCAAUUUCUUUGAAACUUCCUGUUGGAAUUGCAACGCCCGAUUCUGUCCGUCAAAAUUUAUUAAUUGAGCGUACUGCCCUCUUUGUAGUCGAGAAAGGUCCUCAAAUGGAAGUUGUAAUUAAAGCCAAACAGCGUCACAAAGCAGAGCAAUUUGGUUUUUUGGAUUUUGAUCAUCGUUUACAUCCUUUUUAUAAAUAUUUGUGUAAACAAAUUCGAGAGAAAAAAUAUGUGCCUGAAUUGAGGCAACCAACGAAGACGAAGAAAGAACCAGAAUCAAUUUCUUCCGAAAGUGAUGAUUCAAACUCCGAUUCAGAUGGUGGUUAUUUACAUCCACUUUUGUGUGGCGAUGCUAAUAAAAAAACAACGACAACAAAAUCAGACACUCCUUCAGAAUCUGGAUUUAUUGGACCAUCACAAAAACCAAAACAACAAGCUAAAAAGGCUGCUGAUUCGUUAAAUAGUGAUUUGGAUGUGCUUAUUCAAAAAUUUCAUCGUUCUGAUGAUCAAAGUUCAUCCUCAUCUUUAUAUUCUUCAUUAAUGAAAAGUUUGCAUUCUUUAAUUCCUGGGCAAUCUAAAGAAAAUGAAGAGUUGAAUAAAAGCAAUGAAAUUGAGAAGAAAGAAGAAAAAGAAGAGAAGAAAGUUGUAGCCGUAGUAGAAGAACAACCACCACCUUCCAAACCUCAACCACCAGAGAUUCUGUAUGAAACAGAUCAAAAUCGAAUAAAUGAUUAUAAUUUGUGGCAUUUGGAAUUUUAUGGACGUCAGAGUCCUUAUUUGCCUGGACCUCCACCUUUUCCUCUUACCCCUGCAACUGAUUCUGUUGUCGAAUCUGGAAUAGCUGUUGCUGCUAAAUAUGUAGCGUUUCAAGGAGCGGCUGCUGAACAAAAAUUGAUAGAACACAAUGGAGACAAAGUCCAUUUUCUGUCAGCUAGAAGUCCUUAUUAUACAUUUUAUCAAUCUAAAGUACGCCAACUUCAAUGGCAAAUAUAUCAACAACAACAGCAAUUCCAAAAUAAAUUAAAUAAAAAUUCUCAAUUAACACCUUCAGCUUCAACAAAAACAAAUACUCCAAUGUCUCAACAAUUAUUAAUUAAACAAAUAAUUAAAGCAGCAUCUUCAACAGAUCCAAUACCUACAGAAUUACCUGUUGGAAAUACUACAAAAAAUAAUGGUUAUAAAGAAGAGGAUGGAACAGACGGAGAUAAAAAACAAUUAGAACGUCGUGAAAAAGCUCGCCUCUUUAUGGAGAGAAUCUUAAACGAAAGAAUGGCAGAAAAACAUUUUGGAAAAAAACGUUUAAAAGACGGUAAAAUAUUUUUUUAA